UUUCCGGCUCAAUACAUAGCACGCGUCUUAGGGCUAUACGAUAAUACGAAUUCUUCAAAGUGAGUUGUGGAACGCCCAAUUGAUCUUUUCAUCUGAAAACUCUUUGCUUCUCAUCAGCGGUAGACGGAAAAAUGGCCGGCGGAGGAGACCACUCUCAUGGUGGAGAUUUCAGGACUAAGGUUUGGAGUAUGAGUGGUGGGCCGUACUGUAGGCCCGUACAUUGGAAGCGUAAUACCGCUAUUGCCCUCGCCGGAAUCGUACUCGUUUGCAUUCCUGUCGCCUUGAAAUCUGCCGAGCUCGAGCAAAGGCCACAUCUUCCAGUCCGCCCCAUUCCUUCUCAGCUAUGGUGCAAGAACUUUGGAACAAAAGACUACUAGUUUUGUUAGUGGGGAAGAUGAUCACCUUGCCUUCUGUAUUUGGAUUCUAAACUGCAUUUCAUGAUUACUUUUUAUUCGAAAUAGUGUGACAUAUAAUGACAAUGUUCCAUUGAAUAAACAUGACACUGCGUGCCUUUUUACAAAUGAUUAAAGCCUGUCAACAAAUUUUCAUGAUGGUUACCAUUUUUCCUUUUUA